AUGAAGACGUCGGGUUUUCUCCUUCUGACCGGCUUGACGGUAGCCCGGUGCGCCGAUACCAGACCUCGCGCCGCCCCCAUCAAGGAGCACUACAAGGAGAAAUCCACCUUCUCCAAGCUCUGGGCUGCGGCUCCCAUCGGCCAGCAAAUCAUUCGCGCGGCAUGGAAGGUGACGUGCGACAGCUACGAGCCCGGCUACGAAUGCCAAAAGGCCAUUGAUGGCAACAACCAAACCAUGUGGCAUACCGCGUUCAACAACGCCAACGUCCCGCACCAGAUCGUCAUCGACAUGGGAGUCGUCAAGAACAUCAAUGGCCUAUCGGCGCUGCCACGACAGGACGGUAACAGGAACGGCUUCAUCGCGCAGCACGAGGUGUCGGUCAGCACGGACAAUGCCAACUGGGAAACCGUGGCGGCGGGGACCUGGUACUCCGGUGAUACCGAGGCCCGGUUCGCAAACUUUGAGACGAGGGCGGCGCGGUACGUGCGGCUCAAGGCCACCAGCGAGGCCAACGGCAACCGGUGGACCAGCCUGUCCGAACUCGACGUGUACGAGUCCAAGACGGGGCCCACGCCGUACAGCGGCAAGGGCAAAUGGGGGCCGACCAUUGACUUCCCCACGGUCCCGGUCGCCGGAACGGUCGACCCCUUUACCGGCCAGGUGCUCAUCUGGGCGUCGUACUCGUAUGACAACCUCAUGGGGUCGACGGGAGACCGCGUCUUCACCUCCAUCUGGGACCCGGCCACCAACAUUGUCACGCCCAAGGUCGUCGACAACACGGACCACGACAUGUUUUGCCCGGGCAUCUCCGUGGACGGAUCGGGCAAGAUGGUGGUGACCGGGGGUAACUCUGCCAAAAAGACGAGCUUGUACGACUACCGGGCCCAGACGUGGAUCCCCGGCCCCGACAUGAACACGCCGCGCGGGUACCAGGCCACGGCCGCCCUGUCCAACGGCAACGUCUUCGUCAUUGGCGGCUGCUGGUCCGGCGGAUGGACGGAGAAGAACGGGGAGCUGUACGACUUCAGGGCCCAGACGUGGACGCGGCUGGACGGCGCGCUCGUCAAGCCCAUCCUCACCAACGACGCCCAGGGCAUCUACCGCGCCGACAACCACGCCAUGCUCUUUGGCUGGAAGCAGGGCAGCGUCUUCCAUGCCGGACCCAGCACCGCCAUGCACUGGUACAACACCACCGGCAGCGGGAGCAUCACCCCGGCCGGGCAGCGCGGGUCGGACAGGGGCGCCGACCCGGACUCCAUGACCGGAAACGCCGUCAUGUUCGACGCCACGCGCGGCAAGCUCCUCGUCUUUGGCGGCUCGCCCUCGUACCAGGACAGCGCCGCGAGCGCCCACGCCCACCUCGUGACCAUCGGAGAGCCCGGCUCCCAGGCCCAGGUGCAGUUUGCCAGCCAAGGCAUGUACAGCGCCCGCGCCUUCCACACCUCGGUCGUCCUGCCCGACGGAACCGUCUUCAUCACCGGCGGCCAGAGCUACGCCAGCCCGUUUUCGGACAAUGAUGCCCAGCUGACUCCGGAGCUGUACGACCCGGUGACGGACCACUUUUACCAGCAGCAGCCCAACUCCAUCAUCCGCGUCUACCACAGCAUCUCCCUCCUGCUGCCCGACGGCCGCGUCUUCAACGCCGGCGGAGGCCUCUGCGGCGACUGCCACACCAACCAUUUCGACGCCCAGAUCUACACGCCCCAGUACCUGCUUACCAGCACCGGCGAGCCCGCCACCCGCCCCGUCAUCCGGUCCGUCGCCCAGAACGGCCGCCGAAUCACCAUUGCCACCGACUCUGCCGUCACGGCCGCGUCCCUCAUCCGCUACAGCACCAACACGCACACCGUCAACACGGAUCAGAGACGCAUCCCUCUCACCCUGAAGCGGGCGGGCGCCAACAAGUACACUGCGGACGCUCCUAACGACUCGGGAAUCCUCCUCCCGGGCCACUACAUGCUGUUUGUGCUCAACUCGAACGGUGUUCCUAGCGUUGCCAAAACCGUUAGCUUCUUGCUGUAA